UAGAUGACACGGUAGUUGAGUCAGUUUUCCACAUACCAAACUCUAAAAUGUUGUUCAGGUACUACUAUACAGCCAUUCCAUUAAAAAGAUGCAUUGUGGAUACAGUUAAAAAGGAUAAUCGAACAACAAAGAUAUUCCCAACUGCCAUCUUUGACAACUCAGCUCAAACCAGGGGGCAAAUAGCACAACAGCUGUUGCAGUUAGACGCAUCCUUACGUCAUUUUGAGGCAGCAUUGCAAGAGGCGGGUGGUGACGAGGAAAAGCAGUUUGAGAUACUUUUGGCGUUAGGCAGAGUCUCGCACAGUUGCGGUUACUAUGAGAAAGCGAAGAGCUACUACGAACGAGGACUUAGCGCUAGAAAAAAUAUUUGUGCAGACACCGAAAUGCGUCCCGAAAUUGCUGGAUCAAUAGACAACAUUGGGAUAUGUUGGAGUGACCUUGGUGACCAGAGGAAAGCUAUCAGUUUUUACGAACAGUCACUGAAGAUGAAGAAAGCUAUCUAUGGCGAAAAAACGCCACAUCCCGACAUUGCGUCAUCACUAAACAACAUUGGGAACUGUUUGGGUGACCUUGGUGAUCAAAGGAAAGCUAUCACUUAUUACGAACAGUCACUGAAGAUGAGGAAAGCUAUCUAUGGCGAAACAACGAAAGCUAUCACUUAUUACGAACAGUCACUGAAGAUGACGAAAGCUAUCUAUGGGGAAACAACGCCACAUCCCGACAUUGCGUCAUCACUAAACAACAUUGGGAACUGUUUGGGUGACCUUGGUGAUCAAAGGAAAGCUAUCACUUAUUACGAACAGUCACUGAAGAUGAGGAAAGCUAUCUAUGGCGAAACAACGCCACAUCCCGACAUUGCGACAUCACUAAACAACUUUGGGACAUGUUGGAGUUGUCUUGGUGAUCAAAGGAAAGCUAUCACUUAUUACGGACAGUCACUGAAGAUGAGGAAAGCUAUCUAUGGCGAAACAACGCCACAUCCCGACAUUGCGUCAUCACUAAACAACAUUGGGAACUGUUUGGGUGACCUUGGUGAUCAGACAAAAGCUGUCAGUUAUCACGAACAGUCACUGAAGAUGAUGAAAGCUAUCUAUGGUGAAACGAUGCCACAUCCCGACAUUGCGAAAUCACUAAACAACAUCGGGACAUGUUGGAGUGACCUUGGGGAUAAGAGGAAAGCUAUUAGUUAUUACGAACAGUCACUGAAGAUGAGGAAAGCUAUCUAUGGUGAAACAACGCCACAUCCCGACAUUGCUUCAUCACUAAAUAACAUUGGGGCAUAUUGGCACAAACUCGGUGAUCACAGUAAAGCCAUCAGCUAUUACCAACAAUCAUUGAAUAUGAUGAAAGUUGUCUAUGGGGACAACACAUCACAUCCCAACAUGGCAACAGUACUGAACAACAUUAGAUCAUGUAAAAGUGCCCUCCAUGAGUAGAGUAAAGCCGUUAGUAGUUAUCCCA